GCACCCAAAUCGUAGGAAAAGCUUUUAUUGAAGCCUUCAAACAAGCUUCUGCAAAUGCCGGAAGAAAUGGAGGUUCGAGCUUUAGAGGAGCUGACGCUUUGACGAGACAGACGGGGAUGACAUUGGAAGAAGCUUGUCAGAUCUUAAAUAUUAAGAAAGAUACUUUAGAUCCUGCGCAAGUUACAAAGAAUUACGAUCAUUUAUUCAAAUCAAACGAUACUUCUGUCGGAGGAUCUUUUUAUAUACAGUCAAAAGUUGUUCGAGCUAAGGAACGUAUUGAAUUGGAAUUAUCUAGUAAUUCUAGUAAUGAAUCAGCCCGUUCUGAUCAGUCUCG